AUGUCCACUGGUCUUGAUAUGUCACUCGACGAAAUUAUUUCAAAAAAGAGACCAUUUUCAAGAGGUGGUAAUAGAUCUGGUGGGUUAAAUCGUGGUGGAGGAGGAGGUGGUGCUAUGAAACGUUCAAGUGGACCAAUAAGAAAUUCAAGAACACAAACAAGACAACGACCAUAUAGCUCAUCUGCGGCAACCUCCAACAUCAACUCGAUAACAGAAGGAAAAAUUUUAGUUUCAAACUUAGCAUUUAAAGUUACUGAGGCAGAUCUUUGGGAACUUUUUACAACGAUGAUCGGACCUGUACGGCAAAUCAACCUAAAUUUUGAUCAAAGUGGUCGUUCAAAGGGAACAGCAUCUGUUGUUUUUCAAAAAAGAACCGAUGCUGUCAGAUCAGUGGAAAAACUGAGAAAUGUUACUUUAGAUGGACGUGAAAUAAAAAUCGAAAUUGUUGUAGCUCCCAAUUCCGCACCAAUUAAUAAGCGUAUUGGUGGUGGUGUCAAUGAACCUGAUAAUAGACCAAAGAAAACUCAAGAAGAGUUGGAUACAGAAAUGAUUUAG